AUGGACGCGAUGGACUCGCCAAUGGGGAUCUCAGCAUGGCCCUGCCACCGGCGCUGUCACUGGCAUGGCUGCGACAAGGUUAACUCACGUCAGUCCAGAAUUCACAUCACCUCGGUGUGGACGGUCCGGGAAUAUUGCACAUCAGCAGCAAGAAUAUCGUUCGCCAUGAGUGAACACGAUGCCUGGCAGACGCUGACGUUUUCAAUGUUCGGUGCUGCCUACUUAGAAGAAUCCUUUCAUUUGCUUAACAUCAAAGUCAUCUCCUUUGUACGGAAGUGCCGGUCAGGGAGAGCACGCCUUCAGAGGCGUGCUCAAGGAUGUGCUGGCGGAGAGAAACUUGAUUUUGGCUUCACGUGGCUUCACCCAACUCGCCAACGAGACUCCGCGCGCGGAACCGGUGUCAAAGCCUGUCAAAGCGCGGAGAAAGCAUGCACAAUCUUACACAAUUGCCUACGCGAAGACACCUCUGUCACUUGCGCAUAUGCCUACGUGGCUGACUUCUCAAGGCGCCCUGACCAAGUUUCGACGGUUCUUUAUGGUGGUUCUACGGGCGUUCUACGCCAAAUUAGUUCCGGUGGUUCCGUUGCCUUCUUCGGGCAGGAGGAUCAGUUUUAUGGUCGGUUACCAAAGUUGCAGGCGCUCAUGGAGAAAGAUGACCGUUUUGCCGACAAAGAAUAUGAGUCGUUUUGGAGCGCCAGGGAAGGGACCGUAUGGCUUUAG